AUGAGUACUAUUGUUGUGUCCUUGAGCAAGACACUUAACCCACCUUGCCCCCAGUGGUGUCUGAAUGUGUGUGAAAAUGGGUGAGUGGCUCCCUGAUGUAAAAAAAAAAAAAAAGCCUUAGAAAUGAAAAAGCGCUGUUUAAAUUUAACUAUUUGACAAACUUUCUGUGCACAGUUACGAUGAUCAGCGACGAGUGUCUGGUGGAGUGUCCCAUUGACGACGACGACGAGGAUGAAGAGGAGGUGCAGCUGGCCUUCUCAGCUCCUCCCCCUCCUGAGUUUGCCUCCACAGCACCCACCCCUUCCUCCAAACCUCCAACUGCCCCUGCCACACCUGCCCCGAGUCCUCCAGCCCCUCCAGUCAGCAGGGACCCAUACGGCAUCAACCAGCAUCUCAAGGUGGAGGUGAGCGAUGUACUGGCUGAACCUGCCUCUCCUCACAGCAUAGACCAGGUCUGGUUUUACAGUGUGCGUGGCUUUGAGAAGACUCGUGUUUGGAGCUAUAGGAUCUUGUCUCUGUUUCUGGCUGUCCCCUUUGCUUUUCUCUGCGGGGUCUCUCUGGGACUUCUGGCCUGUUUACAUGUCUGGUUUGUGGUCCCUUUGGCUCAGCUCAGCCACACCUUCAUCCCCUGCGUGCGCUCUGUGUGGAUAUGUGCUGUUAAUAUCCUCGUCUCUCCUUUGUGUACCAGCCUGGCCCUCUGCUGCAGCCACGUCGCCAUUAUCUUCUCCAAUAAAGAGUGGCAGUCUCUAAAAACAGACAAAGAGGGGGUGUGA